AUGCCAAGGGGAAGACGACCAGCCGUUACGUUGACAAUCCAUCGUGGCACGAAAGACGCGCUAAAAAACGUUGAGAUAGAGACCACCAUUCAUAAAGAUGAUUAUUUUACCAAGAAGAUGAUGAAAGAAAUCUAUUCCUCUACAAUCGACGGGGCAAUUAACCUCAAGGAUGAAAAAACUGAUGAAUAUAUUGCGGGUCCAUUCAUGAAGCUUCCGCCAAAACGGCAGUUUCCAGAUUAUUAUGACAUAAUCAGUCAGCCAAUAUCACUUCACGAGAUUCAAAUAAAAGCCAAUCCAAGGAAAACCAAGUCGGCCGAUUUACCAACAUUAUAUGAAUUUGUUCAAUAUUUCAAGUUGAUGAGUGAUAAUGCAGCUUCUUAUAAUGGAGUCGAUAGUCUGAUAGCAAAAGACGCGCAUCAUCUCUUUGAAUUUGCGAAGAUUCACUGUGAGAAAUUUGCAGAAGAAAACAGAAAGGAAAGGCCUUCUUCUAAGGAUGAUAAUAUUGCAGUUAAGGCAGAGUCUUCUGGUGAUGAAAGUUCCACCGCAAAUACGGAAGCAGAAUUGACCACCUCUCCCGUCAAACCUUCUGAGGAAUCUUCUGCUUCUGAUUUGUUCGAACAGAAGGAUCACACGUCUAACUUGAACAAGAUUUUGCGGUCGGUUAUUGCCUUCAGAUCUUCACAUCAUAAGAAUAGUCUCAAGUUAUCGAUACCUUUUAUGAAUCCAGUUGACGGAAACGAGUAUCCAGAUUAUUAUAAAGUCAUUAAAAAGGGCAUGUGUUUUAAUGAUGUUGCAGAAAAUUUAAAAGCAGGUCGGUAUAAAAAUGGUGCUGCAGGGAUUCAGAGUUUCCGAGAUGAUGUUGAACUCAUAUUUUUGAAUGCGACAACGUACAAUGCAGCGGGUAGUGCAAUUUACCGGGAUGCGAUUACUUUGAAGACAUACUUUCAGAAAAAGAUGGAUAAGUUCGGUUUGCAAGGUAAGGUUACGGAUGAUAUCGUGGAGCAAGAACCUGCAAUAUCUAAGCCAAAGAAGCAAGAAGAGGAGAAGAAGCCAAAGUUAAAAAGGAAGAUAGUCAUCCCGGAUAGUAUAUUCCCAUUUCCAAAAAGACGUGGCAGGAAAAGCAAUAAGCAAAAGCAGAUCGAGGCCCAGAUUAAGGCCGAAUAUCUGAGACGUCAUGCUGAAGGAGCUUCGGAGGAAGAUUUUCCAACGGACGAAAUCAUUUCACAGAUAGAGGAAGAUUAUACUACUAGUGGUAAAGUUGAACAAACCACUGCUCCUCCACAAACCGUGGUGGCAGCACCUUCACCAAUUAUUGCGCAAGAUGUUAUUCCAUUCAUUAGAAAGCAUGACAUCGAAAAGGCCAAGAAUGUGGAGGCUGUUGAUGAUAUUACGGCCUUUAUUAAGCGCUUUACAUUUUCCUCAGCUGUUCGCCAGUAUAGUUCCUACAGCUCUGAUGUGACGGAAUAUUUUGAACAUUGUAUGAUUGAACCUGCUGGAAAUUCUACUAUUGGUGGAUCAACUUACUCAAUAACGAUUCCAGCAGAAGAAAUAAUAGGGCAACCAUUGAUUGUUCUUGUUUCACUACAAAAUCGAAUCAUUGACGAGAAAUAUACUACCGAGCUGAAGGUCAAUAAAGAAAUUUUGAAACCCCAGCCGCUUUCUAUAUCUUAUGACGACGACGAUGAUGAUGGGGAGUUUGUGGCCUGCAAGUUUGAGUUUAAAUUGGGUCUUGGACUUAACCUCUUUGAAUUCCAGCUGAAGGUUCCAUUCCCAUUAAAGAAAAAGAAAACUGAAGAGGAGAAAGCUAAAGAUUUAGUUGCAAAAGUCGCAGCCGAUGCCAAAAUUUCCGAAGAUGGCGUUGUUACAAGAUCUGCAUCUCACAAGGCCAGUGACUCGCCGGAUACUGUUUCCACUGUAACGAAUACUGCAGAUGAAACCGUUAUUAAAGAUGGAAAUCAAUUUUUUAAAGAAUCAGUGAAGGUUUGGGUUAAGGUCGCUUGA